AGUCAGAGGUCCAAGGUUCAAAGGGUGGUGGUGACUUACCUUGUGCCUGGAAGGUGGAGAGAGGGGGUGGAGGUUGGUGGGUGGGUCUGUGGCAGGAGGGAGGAUCCUCAAGCCCAGAGUCCAGCUCCAAAAGGGUGAGAGAGGGGAGAGGUGGAGGGAGGGAGCACCCAGAGGCUGACCUGGGGGGACACAGACCGAUACACAGCACAAGAGAGACAGGCACACAUGGAGAGAGACAAAGAAGGGGCCAAUGAAGAAGAGGAGAAAGAAGACAGACACAGGGUCAAUUACAGAUGGACCCAGAAAACACAAGUGACGGCGAUUCGGAGGCAGAGAGGCCAGCCCUCAGAGAAAGAAGACGGACAGGACGCUGGGCUGGGACCAGAGAAAGCCUGGGGGGUGGGCAGGGUGCCUGUGUGGCCUCUCUGGACCAUCCUCCUCCUGGUACGGCCCUUGGGAGGCCUAGGAUCACCCCUCUGUCCUCGGGAGCCUUUCUACUUUCUAGUUGCCAUAAUGAAGAUGCUGGGAAACAAAAACGAGGGCACUCUCUACACCCCAGAUGAUCUCUCGGUGUGUCCUGCUGAGACUCUAGGGUGCUUCCGGCUGGAGCUGUCCGUGAUCCAGUUUGAAGAGGGCCCAUCCUUGGGGAUUGCCGUGUUCCGGCUGCAGCGUCUGCUAGAUGCACUGGGGUCCCGGCUGUGGGUGACUGGCCAGGGCCCUUGUCCACCCUGUGAAGGACAUCCCCAGAGACCUGUCCCUCUCUUUCUGGCCAAACUCUUGGAGUUAUUACAGGGGGCCUGUGCUCAGCACCGGCCCUCAGCAUGAGCCUGGGAGGACACAGACUCCCUGGCCAAAGGACUUCACGUGCAGCCCAAGGAACCAAGGGGAAGAGGAGAGAAGGAGGAAAAUAAGAUCUGAAGCCUGAAGUCUCUGACCUCCUGGGAUGGGGGGGGUAGAUAAACUGGCCCCCGUUUGCCCCUAUUCUCCUUCUCAGAUACUCACUCCUCUCUCCUCUUCCAGGAAGGGACAAAGCAUGACACAGGUGUCUUCUAACUGAAUCCCACCCCUAGAGGACAGGGAGAGUCUUGUACCUCAAGUCCCUGAUUGCAAAUAAUUACCACCUGGAGAGAUUUAAAGUAAUACUGAUGGCUAGGCCCCAAUCCAGAGAUUUUGAUAAUUGGUCUCUGGUGGAUCCUGAACAUCAUAGUUUUAAAAUCAACUUCAUUGAGGUAUAUUUGGCAUGUAGUAAAAAGCAUACAUUUUAAGUGUACAUUUCAAUGAGUUCUGACAAAUGUAUACACAGCCACAUUUCCAUCACCCCAAAGCAUCCCUCAUGCCCCUUCCCAGUCGAUCUUCACCAGUCGUAGACACCCACUAAUCUGCUGUCUGUAUAGAUCAGUUUUGCUUUUUCUAAAGUUUCAUAUGAAUGGAAUUAGAAUAUGGAUAUAUGUAUUAUAUAUAUUAUAUAUUUAUCCUAGUGUCUGGCUUCUUUCACUUGGCAUGAUGUUUUUGAGAUUCAUUCAUGUGCAUAGCAGCAGUUUACUACUAUUCCAUUGUACAGACACACCCAAUUUGUUUAUCCACUGUCCUCAUGAUGGAUAUUGCGUUGUUUCUACUCUGGGUCUACUGUGCAUAGCUCUCUUCUUGUGUCUUCUUAUGUACCGCUGGGGUUGAGCCUUGAGAACCACUGAUACGCCAAGGAAGAACUUUCUAUGGGGAGGAAAUUACUGUUCCUUCUUGUUCCUGGAGUAAAUGUCUUCCUACAGCAAUGUCAAUAGGCAUUUUAUAUGUGGAAUCCUAUUUUGAAGAGCUGCUGUUAGCGACAACCCCUCCCCAGUCUGUCUUGGUUUCAGUCUGGGAUUGUUGGAUCAGGGAGUGUGUGCUUAUAUAGACACGCACCUGUGGUAUAGUCAUUUCCUGGUCUUGCGAGCCAGCUGGUUGCCCAACCACACCAUGCUACCCUGUAAACUAGGUGCAUAUUAAAUUUCUGUAAAUUGAAUCCAGGUGUCUCAAUGCUUAUGCAAGAAAUUUUAGCAAUGUGUUUUAAAAGUUUCUGAUCUGUUGUCCCCUUCAUCAGAUUCAUUUUUCUUAUCUCUCUCUCAUGCCCGGUCCUCUUUGCCACCGUCAGACAAAUAAUUACUAAUAUGUAAAUUCACAUUGAUUUAAACUUAGAGAUUUGUAAAGGAAAACAAGGAUUUUCAGGGUCACCUAAACUUGGGGAGGAGCCUUAGGUCUGCCACUGUGCAGUUAGUUUAUUUCUCUGAGCUUCAGUUUCCUUGUCGGCAAAAUGGGGGUACUUACCUCCUAAGAAUGUUUUAGGGGGUCUAGGAAAUAAAGUCUGAUUUAUUUGCUAA